AUGCAGUCCAGCUAUCCCAUAGCGACGGCUCCGUGCAGCGAAGAAAAGGACCCAAUGCUGGCCCCAGGCCCUGUCGCCGCGCAGGACCCGACAGCCAGUCGCUUACUCUCCGAUGCGACGCAGAAGGACCCACAGCAGCCUCCUGCGCCCAAUCCCCGAGACGUACGAGUUGGUCGACAAGAAGAAAGGCAAGCGCACCCUCAAGGCCUCCAAGGACAGCUAGCCGAAGGCCAAGAAGCUCAAGGUGCCCACCGAAGAGGGACAGAACCCACUCCCCCAGGUGCCCAAGGUGCCCACCGAAGAGGGACAGAACCCACUCCCCCAGGUGCCCAAGGUGCCCACCGAAGAGGGACAGAACCCACUCCCCCAGGUGCCCACCGAAGAGGGACAGAACCCUCUCCCCCAGGUGCCCUAGGUGCCCACCGAAGAGGGACAGAACCCUCUCCCCUUGGUGCCCAAGGUCAGCGCCGGUCAGGGACAGAACCCUCUCCCCCAGGUGCCCAAGGUCAGCGCCGGUCAGGGACAGAACCCUCUUCCCCCAGUGCCCAAGGUGAACUUCCUGACGUACGACCGAGAGACACAGAGAAAGGUGCAGAAUUACCUCAGGAAGUUUAG